CCCGCCUCUGUGACUCUCUGCGGCUGCGCAAUGUCGUACCCAAUCGAAAACCCCCCAUGGUUAAUAGAGGAACAGCGAUAGGUUCCAGAUACUACUGGUUCCAGGGUAUGCCCGGAAGGGGUGGGGCUUAUGGCGCUAUUAAUAAGCCUGCAGGGCGUGGCAAAGGUCGACGGAAGUGCUCUGUUGCCGGAAGUAAAAGAAAGCUUGUGAUGGCGGCUGAGACUGUAGCUGAGCUGGUGCGGGCGAACACUGCGGAGGAGGAGCAGCCACUUGCGGCAUCAGAGGAUUUGGCCGCCCAGAAGCGCGAACAGAGACUACGUAAAUUCCGGGAGCUGCACCUGAAGCGGAAUGAAGCUCGUAAAUUAAAUCACCAAGAAGUUGUGGAAGAAGAUAAAAGACUUAAGUUACCUGCAAAUUGGGAAGCCAAAAAAGCUCGUUUGGAAUGGGAGCUGCAGGAAGAAGAAAAGAAAAAGGAAUGUGCUGCAAGAGGGGAAGACUAUGAGAGAGUGAAGUUGCUGGAAAUCAGUGCCGAAGAUGCUGAAAGGUGGGAAAGGAAAAAGAAGAGGAAAAACCCUGACCUGGGAUUUUCAGACUAUGCUGCUGCCCAGUUACGUCAGUAUCAUCGGUUGACCAAACAGAUCAAACCCGACAUGGAAACAUAUGAAAGAUUAAGAGAAAAACAUGGAGAAGAGUUUUUCCCAACAUCUAACAGUCUUCUUCAUGGAACACAUGUGCCUUCCACAGAGGAAAUUGAUAGGAUGGUCAUAGAUCUGGAAAAACAAAUUGAAAAACGAGACAAAUAUAGCCGGAGACGACCUUAUAAUGAUGAUGCAGAUAUUGACUACAUUAAUGAAAGGAAUGCCAAAUUCAACAAGAAAGCUGAAAGAUUCUAUGGGAAAUACACAGCUGAAAUUAAACAGAAUUUAGAAAGAGGAACAGCUGUAUAAUACCUUUCUGUACUGUUUUUAGAUAUUUGAGAAUGGAGUGAAAAUUUCUGCUAGUAUAUUAAACUUCUCAUUGAAUUCAAACCAGUGAAACAGAACUAAGUCUAUGCCUUUUCACGCAGCAUUUAGAAUAAAUGUUUUUUCUUAAAUGUA